CGGGUUCGCCUUUAAUAUUAUCAGGGCCAGAUGUCUAGAGUUUAUGUUGGACGAUUGUCUUCAAGUGUUCGAGAAAGAGAUUUAGAGGAGGCUUUUGAUAAAUUUGGUCGCAUAAGGGAAAUCCAUUUAAAAAAUGGGUUUGGAUUUGUAGAGUUUGACAGCCGUAGAGACGCUGAUGAUGCUAUAGAUGAAAUGAAUGGCAGGAAAAUGUGGGGUGAUAGAAUAAUUGUAGAACAAUCUCACGGAGGCAGAAAAAGUGGAAGCAGAUACAGCCGACGCAACUAUUCUCCUCCAACUCAUUCCCGUAACCGAAUAGAAAUUGAAAAUUUAUCUACUGGCGUCAGCUGGCAAGAUUUAAAAGACUAUUUUAGAAAAGCUGGAGAAGUUUGUUUUGCUGAUGCUCACCGCCAUCGUGAUCGUUGUGGGAUAAUUGAAUUCAAACGGUAUGAAGAUAUGCGAUAUGCAAUACGCAAGUUUGAUGGAGAAAAGCUGAACGGUCGGAGGAUUCGGUUGUAUGAAGUUCGUUCCCGUUCGCGUUCCGGAAGAUCUCGUUCUCGCUCGCUUUCCCGAACUCGAUCUCGAUCCCGUUCUCCUACACGCUCACUCUCCCGCACGAAGUCGCACUCACGCUCCAGGUCCCGUUCGCGUUCAAAGACUCCUUCCCGCUCGGGCUCACGUUCAAGAUCUCGGAGUCGUUCCGCAACCCCUUCAAAAAAUAGCAAAAGAUCUCAAACACGUUCUCGCUCUCGCACGCACUCACCGAUGUCCAAGAAAUCGGCUUCACGCUCUCCUUCAGGAACUCCUGUGAAGGAUAAAGGCUCGCGUUCUCCUACAAAAUCAGUUUCUCCAAAAAGAAGUAGUAGCCGAGAGAGAUCCGAAGGUAGAGUAGACCGCCAGACCUCUAAAAAGAGUCCUUCUCGCUCCCGAUCACCAACUCGUUCUCGUUCUCGUUCUCGUUCUCGCUCGCGCUCGGUGUCUUCUGCUCCCAAAAGUCGCUCUCCUACCCGAUCUCGGUCUCGGUCUCAUUCUCGGCCUCGAUCUCCGAAACGCGUUAAGCACGGCUCGCGCUCUCCGUCUCCCUCCCGGUCUCGAUCUCGAUCUCGAUCCUCUUCGUCAUCUCGGUCUCGGUCUCGGUCUGGCUCACCCCCUUGAAAGUCCACUCGUUCGCUUUUGUUGCCUUGAGAAAUACUUUUGCGGGGCAUUAUUUGCG